UCCUCGCUGUCAAUAUUUUGUAGCGGCGAAACCUCCGCACUAUCAUGACAAGCAGCGUCGGUCUGUCUCUCUGAUUCAGCCCACAGUAAUGCCUCCAAACGCGAUACUUCACUCGUGGAAAUAAUUAAAACACGAAGUCGCUGUUUCUGGUACUUUGUAAGAGUUUGAAAAGAGUGGAGAUGUUUCUUUGAACGGAGCUAGUUGGUCGUGAGGUGCUGAAGAGAAGAUUAUCAUUUCCUGACAGGCUGUUUCUGUUCAACUGCGACAGACAUCAAAACAUCCCGAGGCCACAGCUUCCCCUUCAGUCGUCAUUUGCCGCUCUUUCUAGUAGCAUUUGUAAGUCUCUGCUUUGCUGCUGUCCUGCCCUCAGCUGACGACGGUAUCUGAAGGCAAAGAAAGACUGUAACCAGCCAUGUCUCGUAGGAGUUCUCGCCUCGUGUCCGGCGGCUACUAUAACUCAGAUGAAGAGUCUGAUUCGAGUAGUGUGACUAACAUUUCCUACCGGGAAAACCCUGUCAAGGUUUUCAAAAAGAAGUCUGGAAACCGUAAGAGUGGCUCUCAUACCCCGAGUAGAACCAAAAGCAAUACUAGAUCUUCUAGCCCUGAGCAGCUCGAUCCAGUAGACCAGUGUGAUGGCCUGAGUGUUUCUGCCUCCACCAGUCAGAAUCAGACAACAAUGAGGACCAUACCCUAUGUUACUGCCACCCCUCGGCCUGCCCUGACCCCAUCGUCAGCCCGGAGUCAGACGCCCACACGCUGCCCUUCAGUACCUCCAGAGACAAGGUUUUACACUGCUGGGCUCCACAGCCCCAGUAUACAAGGAUUACACCUCAGACCAAACCCCAAGGAGCUGAGUCAGAGCAGUGUGGACAGCUCAGGGUACUCGUCCUCUGAGGGGAAUCACAGGAAGCCCACUGCCUUCACCAGCAGGAUCCAAAGUAACAGUGGGGCUCCUAGUGCUGGAUACAGAAGCCGAAUCAGCAGUGCCUUGUUUGGUCUGAUGGACUCAUUCUCAUUGAUGGCUGAUGCAGUUCACUCUAAAGUAAUACAUCUCACAGCUUUAGCCUACGGGUCAAUCAGCAGUAACAUGAAGAAGGCUUGUGGUCUGUUUAUCCUCCUCUUGAUUCUACUACUAUGUAUUUGGUUCUUCCUUCCUGUGUUGACCUCUCUCACCUCCCGCAUGACUGUUACCAAGACCCCGUCACAAAUCAAACCUCAGAGUCAACCUGUUAUCCUUUCCACUCCUCCUCCUCCUCCUCAACCCAACGCCAUGCAUCUUACACCUGUGGUGGAUCCAGCCAUUGUGUCCGCUGCUGUAGAAGCAAAGAUGCAGGGUCUUAAGGAGGAACUGAAGCUGACACAGAUAGAACUGCAGCGGAAGCAGGAACACCUUCUUUCCCAGAUGAAGGAGAGGGUACAGAUGGACAUGCAGGAUAUGAAAGCAAAACUUGAUGUCGUGGACGUAAACAGUCGGCUCCGUCUGGAGCAGGAGGUUGCUGGGUUGGGCAAGACGAUGGUGGAUCACCAGACACACAGCAGCAACACUGCUGCCAUUCUCACCCUCAAGAUCCAAGCUUUAGAAGCCCAAAACUCAAAGCUGUCCCAGGAGUUGUCCUCCAUCCAGCUGUCUACCCCGGCCCCCUGCCCUCAAACACACUCUGCCCCCAUCGAUAACCAUCUCACCCCAGAGCUCCAACAGGCCAUGGAGGCGUGGCUCACAGACCACAUCAAGGAGCAGGAUGCUAUCAGACUCAGAGACAAAGGAAGCUCCCCAGACUGCGGACGGCCCAUGGCUGACAAAAUGGCUGACUUUGCACUGGAGACUCAAGGGGCCAGCAUGAUCAGCACCAGGUGUUCAGAGACAUAUCGAAUCCGUUCCGCCUGUGUCACCCUUUUCGGAAUCCCUCUGUGGUACCCAUCUGAAAGCCCACGCACUGUUAUUCAGGGCUACCCGGUGCUUCUCCCUGGGAAAUGUUGGGCAUUUCACGGUGUCGAGGGGACUCUUGUGAUCUCCCUGUCUCAUCCCAUCAGGAUAACUCAUGUGACGCUGGACCACCUCCCUCGCUACAACUCUCCCACCGGCACCAUUGAAUCUGCUCCCAAAGACUUUGAAGUCUAUGGAAUGAAAGACGACACAGAAGAAGGAACUCUGCUGGGGACAUUCACUUACAAUGAAGAUGGUGAAUCAACACAGACCUUCAAGCUGCCGAAUCCCAGUGAUGCGGUGUAUCGAUAUGUGGAGCUGCGUGUCCUCACUAACUGGGGUCAUGUAGAAUACACAUGCCUGUACCGCUUCCGUGUUCAUGGACAGAUUGCCAGCACGUGAAAAAGAAGAUCCACUGACUCCUCACUCCAACAUAUCAGAGAGUACAUGUGCAAUGUACAUUAUUAAAAAAUAAAAUAAAAUAAAAAGUAAUGUGGUGGUCUUUGGUGAGUUUAUGCCAAAUACUACUGAUUUUGUUUUAAAUAUUGUCACUCGUUUGAGACUGCAGGCUCUGCAGUGAUUAAAGUGACAGAAAGGAUAUGAGUUUUCUUUGUGCACUAUCUCGGGUGCAGUCUUGGUACAGAAAGAAGUGUAAAAAAUUCAGCAUUUGCUAGCAACCCAAAAAUCUAUCUAGUAAAACUUUUGUUUUGCAUAAAGUUCUGGAAACUUUAUGUUUGUUUUUUUGGAUCAUUUAAGAGUGCCACAGAGUAAAUGUAAUCUCUUUGUUGUUUUUAGAUGUUUGCUAUUUAUCAGGGGAUUCCUUAUUACAGUGGAGCUGGGGGAGGGCCGAUGUGUUCACAUUAAAAACAGUUUCCAUGGGUGAAGUGUAAAAAAAAGAAAAAUCAUAAAUUCUUAAUUUAAAAUUGCAAAUAUCAAGAACCAAAAUUAAAACUUAAAGAAUACAAUCUGAACAUUGUUAGAUUUUAAAACCAGAAACUUUGGAGAAAUAAUUCUGAAAUUAAAAUUUAAAAAAAGACAAGAAACAAACUUGGAAGGAACCACUUAGUCUGCACGUUCCUGUCAUGUAUCUGAUGUGACUGAUGAGAUGAUCCAUCCUAUGAACAAUAUGUCUAGAAAUCAUGUUGAGGGCAGCAGUGAAUGUAUUUUAAUAGGUAUUAUUUCUUAUUGUUAAAUUACUUUUAAUUUAAUAUUCAUAUAGGAAAGUUAAAGAUCAUUCUUAGGUUUAUACUCAUCAGCUUUCAUCACUGGCGGUAUUUGAAUACUUGAAAACUUAUUUUUCUAAUCUGUUACUUCCUUGUACAUAUCAGUUAUAUUUUGUAUCAGCUACACAAACAGAAAGGAAACAAAGUUAUUUAUUGGUCAAAUAGGAGUAUUCAUUUUAAAGAAUUAAUUACCAGGUUUACAUCCUUUUUCAUUUCUCUUGACACAUGUAAACCAUCAAGGUGUUUUGAAUUACAAAGAACCUGACUGUUCAUUCAAAUGUUGUUUGGACUGCACACAGAAGUGUGUAUACUGUCAUUGCCCAUGUUCUGUGUUUGUUUGUUGUACAGUCCAUUUAGACUGGAGAUGGUGGGGGGGGACGAGACGUGUCUUAAUUAUCAUGUGCACUAGAGGUCAAUCCAGGUCAAAUCCAUUCUGUCAUGCUCAUGUUCUCUCUCUCUCUCUCUUGUGGGGCAGGGAUCAAAUGUUUUGAUAAAUUAUAUAAUAUUCUGUAUUUAAACUAAUAAUGAUACUGCCCUCAUAUUGUCUUUAAUUGUAUGUCAAUCAUUAGGCACCUAUGUCACAACCAUUCUUUUACUAUUGCAAUACUCAAUAUUUUCCAUUAUAAAUGAUUUGGUAUGUUACAUCCUAACUUGAUUUUCUUCUGAGACACAAAUGAUGUCAGAUUAGUUUUAUUAUGUACAGUAUACACUGAACACAGGACAGUUUUCACAUUCUCUUAUAUUACCUAAGAGGUAAAACAGGAAAGCUGUUGAACAGCCUGUACAGUUCUUAUGUUUGUAUCUGGUUUGCAUUUGUGAUAUUUUAUUGCUGAUUUUAAGGUGUUAUGCAAAAAGAAGACACAGUUUCACAGUUAACAAAUGCAUCUUCUCAAUACACAUCAAGAUGUAUCUUUGAUUUUUUUUUUUUUUUUUGAAAGGCUCAGUGUUCACUGCCAUUGCUCUUCAUUAAUCAAUUUCAUUUCAGAUACUGCCUGAAGUGUUUUAUAAUAGCAAUGCCUAUUUGUGAGUCAAACUGAGAUGUUUGUCUGAUUGACCAAAUAAAGCAUUACAAUGUGUCA